AUGUCGCUGCAUGACACCUUCGUGCUCCUAGGAGUCGUCGUUGGGACGUACGGCAUUCUGCGGGUACUCAUCUGGCUCACUCACAAUCCCAAGGAGCCGCCUGUGCUUGUAGAAGGCAUUCCCUUCAUCAGCCCGGCAAUCGGUAUGAUGGUGGAGAAACAGAACAUGCAAGAAUAUCGGCACUCAGUAUACACUCUGCGACUCCCCGGCAAGCGUCUCUAUGUCAUAAAUUCCCUUUCUCUCUAUCAGAUAGUCCAGCACAACACCGAUAUCAUCUCCUGGGACCCCGUCAAGGCCCAUAUAGCAGACAAGAUCAUGGGACGCCGCGUAAGUACUAUAGGGCUCAGCGUAGUGCAAGAUUUUGGUUGUCCAGCCGAGGGCGGCACCGUUUGGGGGUUAAGAAAGACGAUUUAUCCUCUUAUAUUCCCAGGUCGGCCCGCGCUUGACGAGCUUAACAGGACAGCUUUUCAUAUUAUGGCGGCAGGUGUGGAGGAUUUGGCAGCCAAGGGCUGCACCACUAUAGCACUGUACGCCUGGCUCAGUCACCAGAUUUUCGUUGCGUCUCUUGGUGCAGUUUACGGGCGAAAUAACCCACUUAUUAAGCCGGAGAACGAGUCUGCUUGGGGUGUAUUUGAAAAGGGGAUAUUUCUUCUUAUGGCGGACGUCCUCCCACAGAUUUCUGCCCGGAAGGCGAUCCGUGCCCGCGAAACGCUUGUUAAAGAACUUGAAGAAUACCUCCGACGCGGUGGCCAGCAGGAAGCCUCUUCCUUCGCCCAAGCUACCUUGAAUCACUUCGCCCAACACGGACUUGACUAUUCAGAUCUCGCUCGGGGAGAACUCGGAAACAUCGCGGGCAUCGUCACAUCCACCAUGCGCUCCGUGUUCUGGUUAUUUUACCACGUCGCCUCAGAUCCCAGGCUCCUCGGCCUUUGCCGCAGCGAGGUUGCCCAACUGGCCCGGAAUGACAGUAAACCCGAAGAAAUUGACCUUGCUCACGUUUCUACCAACUGUCCCGUCCUCCUUGCCGCGUGGCAGGAAGUGCAGCGCAUUCAUGCUGACCCAGUCUUCUCGCGCGUAGUCAUGCAAGACUUCCUCCUCGACGGGCGCUAUCUACUCAAGAAAGGCUCGUCGGUCUUGAUCCCGGCUGGUGUGAUUCACCAAGACAGUGGGAUUUGGGGGUCCACUUCGUUGGACUUCGACCACGAGCGAUUCCUUGUGGAUGGAAGAAUGAAGCAGUAUUCUGGUGCCGUGCAAACAUUCGGGGCCGGAGCGGGCAUGUGCCCCGGACGGCACUUCGUCAGCGUGGAGAUCCUGCAGCUGGUGGCUAUGCUAAUCAUGCGGCUUGAUAUCCAACCGGUUGGGGGUGGGAAAUGGACAAUGCCUAGCAAGCAACUGAUGUUGAACGUGGCAUUCCCGACGCCGAGUCCUGAUGUCGAGGUAGAGGUGCUGCCGAGGACUGGCCCAGUAUGGCAGUUCACGUUCACGAAGAACCAAUCGGCUCGUGAUGCCAAAAUUUGA